GUUAAAAAUAAAGCAAUACAAUAAAAAGAGAUACCAAAAAAAUAGGGAAUAUCAUAGAGAAUAUGCUCGGAAUUGGUAUAAAAUGAAUUUAGAGAGAAGCCAAAUUUAUCGAAAAAAUAAUAAAGAAAAGAAGAAAGAAUAUGAUCGAAAAUAUCUGCAAGAUAAUAAAGAAAAAAUGAGAGAAUAUCAACGAAAAUACUAUCAAAAUAAGAAAAAUGAGAAGGAAAUUAUGAAAAAUAAUAGAUUAAAAUUGAUAAAUGUUCAAUCUGAAGGAUGUUCAUUUAAUAUUCAACAGACUGGGGAUUGUAGCAAUAAGGUUAAAUUACCAAUUGUUUACGAAGAGGACUUUCAGACUGAAGAAGGAAAUAUUCCUAGAGGAGUGGAAGAAGAAAAUAAUACGGAUAAAGUAAAAAAAUUUUUGGAUGAUCUAAAUCAAAUCGAGGUUGAAGAGCCAAAUAAUGUUGGUGAAAAUAACAUUAAUCAAAUAAAUCUAAAUGAGUAUCCUUUUGAUCUGAACGAGAAACCUGAGGAGGAUGGAGAAGAUAUUUAA